AUGCUGACACUGCCAAGGCGUCCUGCAAUGGCGCCAUCGCAGGCAACUCCAAAUCAUGGACAGAAGUCACCACCAAAAGAUUCCAUUCAUAGAGUAAGAAGUGGCUCGGUGCAAAAGCAGACGAGUCCUCCAGUACGCAGUCCCACGAUGGCGACCGCAAUACAAACGCCGUUUCCGUCUGAACUAAUCUCAAAUCGACAUUCAACCCAAGAUGUCCAAAACACAGAUCUCACGACAACAUCCACAUCACCAGCAACUCAAACCGGUCCCCUGAUCCCGGUGAUCGUUCAUAAUCCCGCCAAUCACAACGAAUUCACCUCCCGCCCAACACCGUUGUUCGUCCUCUCACGCUUUCCCUACUUCCAACAGCGGAUCCGAGCACUCAAACCUACCGACCCACACGCCCUCCAUAUCGUCGCAGGGCUAGAAUAUUACGAUAUCGUAGCGAACUGGCUCUGCACAAAUAACAUCCGUACUCGCGUUGGCGGCGUUCCCGGUUUCUACACACUAGUGCAAGUCAUAUUCUUAGCCGACGAACUCCAGCUUUCUGAGUUGUCCAAUCAGAUCGUCAACAUGAUGAGAAUGCGGCAAUACGCAAGUAAUGAUCAAUCGCGCAAGCUUCCAAAUUACUUUGAGAUCUAUCAGAGGACAACUGCCGGGCACCCGUUCCGGCGCUUUAUGGUGGAGAUGUACGUUGAAAAAGAUUUUCGGGGCCCGAAGUCUCCUGCACCGUUGGUUGAUCUGCCUGCUGGAAUGCUAGUAGAUAUUAUACAAUUGCGUGAAGAGAAAUGGAAAAACUGGUCGCAGGCGGCGAUAGAGCAUAAGAUAGCCAAGGCUAAAGAAGAGCUCGAACUGGAGAGUCAGAAACGAUUUAAUGAAAGAGAAGCCGAGCUUGUAAAUGUUUAUGAAGAGAAGCUCAUCAAAGCUAGAGAGGCCGUCGCGAUACUUAGCAAACUAGCUACACCUGGAGAUGCUUCGACUUCAUCCACGGUGUCCCAUGCCCCAUUGCCAGCCCUCAGUUCUGAACGUAUCGGAUUUGCGUUGCUGGAAGACAUCAGGAAGACACAUCAGAAACUCCUAGAGGAAACGAAGAGGAAGAAUGAUGAACGAUAUAACAACCUCGUUGAAGAAAUGAGGCAGCGAAACUCAGAACACAUAGAAGCCGUACAGUUUAUGGAAAAGGCUACGCAAGCUAAAGAAAGCCGGCUUAUGAAAGAGCUCCAGGAACUACGACAGUUCAAACAAGAUAACAUCACGGCUGCUCAAAACAUCACGGCUGCUCAAACCACCGCAGAAGAACAUGCCAAAAUCGUCGAAGACCUCCAGAGGAUUAUCAGAAGCAAAGAAGCAGUAGAAGCCCUUCUCUUAAGCGAAAUCGAUGACCUUCAAAAAGGAAAGGAGAAAGCUAGCUCUAUCAGUAACCUUCCAAAUAAGGACAACGUCGCGUUACUAGUCAGGAAUAUCGAAGUACUCAAUAACACUAUCGACCUGCUCAAGCAAGUUAAUGCAGACCUCCAGAAAAAGAAUGCCCAGCUAGAAGAAGCCACCGGACGGCAACAAAACGAGCUCGCUGAAAUGAAAAGAGUCCAUGCGAAUGCCGAAGAGCGAACCCAAAGAGAGCUAGAGUCGUUACUGCAGAAGAAUGAUGAGAAUGCUCAGAAAGCUCAGAGGUAUCAAAAGGAGGUGGAGGAUCUACGGUUAGUGCAGAAAACGAUGGAGAAGAAGUCUGAGGCGUAUAAGAGGGAGGUGGCGAGGUUGCUGAAGGCCAACAGAGAACUGGUGUCUCAGUUGAAAGAUGGUGAUGAGGAUGACGAGGAUGAUUAA